GCCAUUCCAAAGCGCCAUUUCCUCUCGCUUGCAAUCUCACCAUUAACAGGCUGUACCAGGAAGCAUCCAUUUCGAUCGCAAGAAGAAUAAUGGGUGAGAGCAGAGGCAGCAUUGCCUUCUUCGCGAGCUACAGGCCACCGGUGGCUCUGGACAUAUUCUGCUGCCCAGCUCCACCGUCUAGCCCGAAGGACGAGCUGCACCUGACGGACGGCGACUCCUACAACUACAACUGCCAGCCCAUCCCACCGGCGGCGCUCAAGACGGUCGUGGAGCGCCUCGGCGUGUCCCGCGGCGACGCCGUCGAGGGCGACAUCGAUUCCGGCCGCAUCACCGGCCUCGUCUUCGUCUCCGAGAGGGAGCACAACCUCGAGACGCUCCACAUCGCCCUGCGCUUCAACGACGACGGCGAGGUCCAGGUCUUCUCCCUGGCCGACGCCUAUGGCGGCGACGGCCUGUUCAGCGGCGCCCGCAUGGAGGACAGCGGCUGCAUUGCCGGCGGCUACGAGGUGGAUGGCCGCACGGUUGACCAUUACCUCGUGUAUGUGUCCACCAAGGAGCCAGUGCGAGAACGUCGCAGCCCGUGGAACGUCGCUUACAAGACCAAUCUUAGAACCGGCGAGACUGAACGCCUCACACCACCAGGAACAUUUGAUAUAAGCCCAUCUGUGUCACCAUCCGGGAAGAAAGUAGCGGUGGCUUCGUACCAAGGGAAGAAAUGGGACGGUGAGAUCAAGAACCUCAACACCAACAUCUACGUGAUGAGCUUGGAGAACCCGUCUCAGGAUCGCGAGCGGGUGAUCGAGAACGGCGGCUGGCCGUCGUGGGGCAGCGAGGACGUGAUCUUCUUCCACAGGAAGGACGGCGACGGGGAGAACAGCUGCUGGGGCGUGUUCCGGCACACCCUGAGCACCGGCGAGACCGUCCGGGUGACGCCGGCGGCGUUCGACUCGGUGACUCCGGCGGCCAUCGACGAGACCAGGGUGGCGGUGGCGGCCAUCCGCCAGAAGUCCGAGUUCAGUGAUGUCCGCGUCGAGGCACAGUACAGGCACAUCGAGGUGUUCGACAUGAGAUCGCCGGAGCAGCCGAUGCAGAUCACCCGGAACACCAGGCCAAAGGCCGACCAUUUCAACCCCUUCGUGAUGGACGGUGGCAAGUUCAUUGGUUACCACCGUUGCAAAAGCGAGCUCCUCCAGCACGGCGAUGAUCUCCCGAGAAAAUUUCACAAGCUGCAAUCCCCACACGAAGAUGUCGGUGUGUUCAGGGUGUCCGGUGUGUUCCCAACAUUUUCCAAAGAUGGUUCUCAGCUUGCCUUCGUUGACAACGAGUUCAAAUCCGUGUGGCUGGCCGAUAGCCAAGGGAUGCGUGUCGUCUUCAAGACUGAUGGCCCAGACAGCGUCUUCUCACCGCUGUGGAAUUCCAAGAAGGAUAUACUCUAUGUGUGCAUGGGACCUUCUUUCAAAGCCAGUGAAACGUUGGAGAUCCAUUCCAUACACAAUGUAUCCACUGGUGACCGGAAGUCGCGGCAGCUCACGUUCGGAGGAUUCAACAACGCCUUCCCUUCCACCAAUCCAGACGGAACGAAAUUUGUUUUCCGGUCGACAAGAGAUGGAGGGGCAAAGUACAGCAAGAACCUGUACAUAAUGGAGGACGCCGACGCCGGAGAAGGCGAGGAUGGCAGCCAGUCGACGGUGACGCGGAUGACCGCCGGCGAGUGGACGGACACGCACUGCCAGUGGUCUCCGAACGGGAAGUGGAUCGUGUUCUCGUCGAACCGGGACAGGCCGGCGGACGCGCCGGAGCGCGACCACGGCCUCGACCCGGGCUACUUCGCCGUCUACCUGAUGGACGUGGCGUCCCGGUCGGUGGUGAGGGUGAUCAGGAGCGGGUACGACGUCGCCGGGCACGUGAACCACCCGGUGUUCAGCCCGGACGGGCGGAGCAUCGCGGUGACGUCCGACCUCGCCGCGGUGACCGCCGACCCGAUGUCGCUGCCGCUCUUCCUGCACUCCGUCAGGCCCUACGGCGACAUCUUCACCGUGGACAUCGACCCGGACGACAUGGCGAGGAACGAGGACGUGGAGGGGUUCGUCCGCGUCACGCACAGCCGGUACGAGAACUCCACGCCGGCGUGGACCGUGUUCUCCACGCACGACCCGCACGCGCAGUGGAACCUCCUCGUCGUGGAGGACGAGCACGUCCCGUCGUGCCCGUACGCGCAUCCGGACGGAGGCGAGAGUUGGCACAUGACCGGCCAGAUUUGCAUCCCCAAAAGGCACUGUUAAUUCUCUCGCCAUUGCAUUACUACGUUUCUUGUUUAGAAGCGUUGUUGUUUGUUUAACGUACGAUAUUUAUUAUCUGAAGACGUUUUCAGCAUUUGCUUGGAUGUACAACGUGUGUAUGAACUGUUUGCGAUGUAAUAUUUGUUUAUUUGCUUGAGAUGUACUUUUUUCUUGUCAGUAAGACUUUUGCAUAAAUCGAAAAAAUAAUCACACGAGUGUAAUACUACGAAUUUUGUUGUUAGAACAAA